AUGAACUCGCUCGACGCGCUCGUCUAUGACGUCGAGCCACUGGCCGGCGCGUACGCGACGACGCUGGACGAAGAUGCGAUGCUGGACGACAUCAUGGCCUUGACGGACAAGGCCUCUCCGGCCUCGGACGAAGCCAGCAGCGACCACUCGGCGGAAGCGGCGCCGGCGACGCGCCCGCGUGUGCGCAAGCGCCAGACCGACGAGCUCAAGUACCUGCGCGAGAAGAUGGAUGAGUACUCUUCGCAGCUGACCGCGCUACAGCAGCUCAAGGCCGUCGAGUCGCAGAACUCGUCGCCAUGGGAAGCCAUCUCGCGGCGCCAGGCGCAGGCGCGGUCGCUCGCCGAGGCCGAGAACGCCAAGCUCAAGCUUGCCGUCGAAGAGCAGCUCAAGGUCACGGAAGCCUUGAUGCGCAUCGUCACCAAGCGCCCGAAGCUCGCCGAGGCCGCGUGCAUUGACGACUGGAAG